GGCCAAUACAAAACUCCGGGAAUACAGUCGUUUAGACAGUCCAACCUACCUACCUACAAAUUAUUAUAGCUCUCAUAUAUCAACUAAAAAGACAGUCGAGAGCGAUGAUCCGGGAGUCUUAACAAUAUGCGGCCUCGUAUAUUUAACUGCCGUAUUACGACUAGGUACCAUGGUUUAUAUAAACGAAGCUUUGGAAGUCAACCUUGUACAGUUGAAAAGAUUAGUCUUACGUUAUCGACAAAGGUUACAAAACAAACGGUCAUAGAUAGGUUAUAUAACCAUUCUGUAGGUUCGCCUAAAGUAUCUACAAGUGUACGGAGUGCAGAAAACUUCGGUCAUGGGGCAGCUAUUUUUGCUUCCCGCGACUUCGCAACCUGGUUAGAAGACGAGAACUUUGUACGUAGCGUGCUUGGGGGUCUCUUUAAGUCGACGAUUAGCAUGCAAGAUAAUUCAACCCCCAUCAGUGUCUUGUGUGCGGUAACAGACGGACUUACUCCAACACGACUAUUCAGCGAGCCUCGGACAGGUCUCUCGAUAUUAUAUGGCUCGAACGACAUUCUCCCCGGCAUAUGGUCCGGCGACGAAUUUGGAUCAAACAUCAGCCAGGAUAGAGGGUCUUCCGUGUCGUUCCUAUCAGAUCCCCUACCUAAGGAUACCAGGCCGCUCGAAAUCACACUACCGCUAGCAAAUACAAUUUUCCAAAAUGGGAGACGAUCCACCCUAAUUGCAAGCAGAUGGCAGCGUGAUGAGGAGGGUUCUAUGGCGCGUACUAACAUAGAGGAGAAACAACAUCAAAGGAUAUGUCUCCGUGCUGCCUCGGAGGGUUAUACAAAGCCAUUCCUACCUUUGUUACCGUUGACUCCCCCUCGGAAGAUUGUUGCUGGGUUAGGUAAUAUCGUUCGACAGGUCGAAGUCAACGGUACUACAACACCGGCAUCAAAGGAGCUAGAGUCUCUAAUACCGAAAGUUUUUGACACGAGGUCUGAACGAGACAAGUCAUACUCACCCGGACCUAUCGGAGUAUGGUGUUGGGUCAUACCUCCGGAUGUUAUGGAAAAGCAUAACCUUCUUGGCCUAAAAGUCUUCGAAGCUAAAUUAUCCCAGUCGGAAGCGGAACUAUCGCUUGAGGCCAUGAAUGUGUUUUCUGAGCUACUAUCUUCUGGGUGCCGAUUGCACAAAAUUCUUAGUGGAGGAGGAGGCUGGGGCCUCAAACAAGGACUACUCUCGCUCGACCCAGAGAUAAGCUAUUCGUUGCCAGAUCAGGAUGAUGUUGAAAUAUUCAUAAGAGCAUUUCAUGAACGUAACAAUCCUAACUCAUCUGAGGGCCUUGUAACACCUGGUUCAUAUCUCAUGUUCUGCAUCGAACCGCAUUGGACGAAGAAAGAAAUCGAGCUAAGCCAGAAGAUUACACCAACAACGGCCAUCGGCGUGGUUGAAAAUAGCGACCAAGAGCCCGAUUCCGCUAGCCUAUCAGAUAAAGUCGAUAUCAUCGACAGUCACUUCGGGGUAGUAUCGAAGACUGGAGUUUUCUUAAAGGCUACUAAUUUGCCUCAUGCGAGCGAAACCACUAAGCAGCCUCAAUCAUUCACCACAAAAGUCGACCUUCCACGAGCUUCUUUUCUCUUAUGAACAAAAGCUUUGGUAGCAAUUAAAGGAAGUACCUCAGCUAAAUUAAUACAAAGAGAAGGAUAACAAUACUGUACAACAUGUGUGCAUAGUUUCAAGGACUGGAGUAUUGUUACGACAAGCCAAUUGGAAGCUAUCCUGGGAGCAUGCAGAAGUAAAAGUCGUAAAGUUCGUAAAAGUUUGCCCCUAUUUGGCGGUGACGUACAGUAUCCAUACAGUGCCUAAUACACGUAGCCAUUUAUUUCUCAAUUAGGCUAGACGUAUGCAGCUUAUCCACCUUAGCUUCUCACCAGCUCACUUAUCG